AUGUUCAGGUGCGCUUUCGUCGGUGGAUUGAACGAGGAGUCCAGCACGAGCAGUGUCCCCGCAGCCGCGGUAAAGGGUGCCGUACUAUGGAUCAAUCCGAGCGAGGCUGAAGAGGCGAUAAAGGAGGAUAGCUGGGACCGUAGUAGAGAAAGUGAAAGGGCCAUAGCUGUCACAGGCUCUCCCGCUAUUGACAUGGUCGCUCUUUCGGGAUGUACGUGCAGUGCAGUGCAGUGGCGGAGGGCGAGAGGGUAUAUACUCGUGCCAAGGUUGCAGCUAGUGCGCUGCAACCCCCGAAAAUUGGCCGGCUCAGUUUUCGGGGGCACUCUCAAGAGAGUGCCCAGGUUGCGAGCGAGCAAGCAACCAGAACCUUGGCACGAGUAUAUCAUACAUAGAAAACUUAAAUGACAUUUCUUCUUUGGCUUUGUAUACCAGUACGAAGUUCGUACCUUAAGGAUAACUAAGGUGCUACAGUUAUAUCAAAGGCUUAAAAAGGCUAACGCUGGACUCAUAGCUAAUCACUCAUCAUGUUAGCAUAUUGUACCAACCCCCCUACAAGCAAGCCAAGACCCUGAUUCUCGAUAGUGGAUUUAACGAGUUUAUGGUAAGUUACAGUAGUUGUAUGAUAUCAUGGUUGUCGUGCACUCGUACAAAAGGGUCAGUGUUGCACCGCAGACAGCUCCGACCGAACCCUAUGGGCACAUGAACGGUGCGAGUCCCAGUAUCGAUGGAAAGAUUGAUAGCUUAUGA